UCCUCCGGGCUUGUGGAGAGCAGCUAAGAGUUAACCCUGUUCCUGGCGGCCGUGCUCCCUUGUAAACAUUGUUGUUGGCUUGCAGCCCACCCACCCCAAGCUUGCUGCUUCCAAUUAAGCGGGUGGGUCUGUGUGCUCUCCAUGGUGGGCGCAUAGCCCUCCCUGCCUGCAGCCUGUCUGGAGCUGUGGCUCCCUGCUCAGCUUGGGGCCAUGGGCUUCGUCCACCACCUCCUACUAGCUGUUCUGCUGCUGCUGGUUAGCUUCUCCCCCCUGCCUGGGGAGGGUCAGCAGGUCAAGGUCCUCUUCACCCCCACAAUCUGCCACAUGCACUGCAGCAACGGGCGCUGCAUUAACCGAUGCGAGCAGGGCAACGCUACCACUCUGUACAGCGGGGAGAGUGCCAGGGCAGCGGAAGGGGCGUCUGGAUUCCGUGUCUUCCUGUGUCCUCUCAUCUGCCAAAAUGGGGGAGUCUGCCUCAAGAAGGACAAGUGCCUCUGCCCCCACAACUGGACUGGCAAGUUCUGCCACAUCCCGGCCUUUCCUUACCCCAGCCAGGGACAAGGCCCUGCUCAUCCUGGAACUGAGGGGGAGCCGGAGAACAGACGGCAGCAGUCCGUGCACACCCUCCCAAUCGCCAACCACCGCUACGAGCAAGAUGGUGUGGCGUCGCUGGUGAACGUCCACGUGGAGCACCCGCCGGAAGCCUCGGUCACCAUCCACCAGGUGGAGCGAGUCAGCGAGGUGUUGCUACCCAGUGGCCCCGACGCCUUCUCGCCCUCCCGCCAAGCCCUCUCCGGCGUGUUGGCCCAGAGCAGCCGCCGGGACCCCGAGGGCGGGUACGGCGAAACCUCCGGCUUCGGCUACUGCUUCCAGCAGCUGCGCGGCGAAGAGUGCAGUGCCCCCUUGCCUGGACUGCGCACGCGAGAGAUCUGCUGCCGUGGCUCCGGUGUCGCCUGGGGUGUUCAUGGCUGUCUGCCUUGUGCCGAUGGUGACGCGGGGGCUUCUGGGCCAGUUGGAAGGAAUGCGCUGGGCUGCCCCAGAGGGUUCCUGCGGCUGAAUCAUUCCUGUGUGGAUGUGGAUGAAUGCCAGGAGGGCAACUUCUGCCACAAUGGGGAAUGUACCAACACGCGGGGCAGCUUUGCCUGUGUCUGCCAUGAGGGCUACAUCCUUGACUCCUCUCGCAGCAGCUGCAUCUCCCACCACGUGAUCUCCGAGGUGAAAGCCCCCUGCUUCCGUGUGCUGCGGGAUGGCCGGUGCUCCCUGCCCACCCUCCGGAACAUCACCAAGCAGAUCUGCUGCUGCAGCCGAGUGGGCAAGGCCUGGGGCUGGGGCUGCCAGCACUGCCCACCCUUUGGCUCUGAGGGAUUCAAGGACAUCUGUCCAGCUGGGCCCGGCUAUCACUACUCGGCCUCAGACCUCCGUUUUGACACUCGCUUCCUUGGCCAGGACCCCCCCAGAGUGCCGGUGACCCGUCAGCAUGGGAGGCAGGGGCCUCCCCCGCAGGUGCCUCGGACAACAGCCGCACCGUCUCUUGUGGCUCUCUGGAGCGUCCCUCCCACUACGCUGCUGGAGCGCUUUCCUUGGCCCCUGCCCACUCGCUCCCCUGGAACUGGGCCAGCUGCACCAAGUACAGAAGAGGCUGGGCGAGGGGUGUGUGAGCGACACCCCCAGGUGUGCGGGCCAGGACGUUGCCUUCCUCGCCAGGGAGGCUACACUUGUGUGUGUGACCGUGGCUACUGGUUGAGCCCUCAAGGCACCCACUGCAUUGAUGUGGAUGAAUGCCGCAGCAGUCCGCGCCCCUGUGCCAACGGGCAAUGCCAGAACUCCCCGGGUAGUUUCAGCUGCAGGUGCCACAUGGGCUUUCAAGCUGACCCCUCCGGAGUGGAGUGCCACGACGUUGAUGAAUGUGCCCUCGUGCCCCAGCCCUGUGCGGGUGGGCAUUGCCUCAACACCCUGGGCUCCUUCCGCUGCUCCUGUCCCAGUGGCUAUCAGCCCAAUCCCUCCGGCACUGAAUGUCGAGAUGCGGAUGAGUGCCAAGGCCGCCCCUCCCUCUGCCAACCUGGCCACUGUGAAAAUGUGCCAGGCGGAUAUCGCUGCAGCUGCCCCAUUGGUUACCAGCCGAACCCGCUGGGGACUCUGUGUGCAGAUGUUGACGAAUGCCUGCAAAGCCCUCCACCCUGUGGCUCUGGACGCUGUGAGAAUGUGCCCGGUGGAUACCGCUGCCUCUGCCCUGCUGGCUUCCGGGCCAGCCUGACGGAGAACCAAUGCCUGGAUAUUGAUGAGUGUGCAGCAGCAGGAUUGCCUUGCGGUCCUCAGGGGCUCUGCCUCAACACAGAGGGCUCUUUCCGCUGCCAGUGUGCCCGAGGGUAUCGGACGGAGGGCGUGGGGGGUACUUCCUGUGUGGACGUCAACGAAUGCCUGGAGGGUGACUUCUGCUUCCCACGGGGUGAGUGCCUCAACACUGAAGGCUCCUACACCUGUCUCUGCGCUCAGGGCUUCACUGCAGCCCCCGACAGGGCCUCCUGUGAGGACAUUGAUGAAUGCCUCAGUGCUACAGUCUGUACUGGAGGGCAUUGUGCCAACACCGAAGGCUCGUUUGAUUGUUAUUGCCCCCCUGGCACCCGCAGCACACCCAGCAAAACUUCCUGUGAGGACAUCGAUGAAUGCCAGGAGUAUGGGGCAGCCCUCUGUGGAACACAGCGCUGUGAAAACUCAGCUGGCUCAUACCGCUGUGUCGUGGCUUGCCAGAUCGGCUAUCGAACCAGUGCCACAGGAGACUGUGUCGAUAUCGAUGAAUGCCAGGACCCCAGAGCGUGUGGAGAGAAGCGAUGUGAGAACACACUGGGCUCCUAUCACUGUGUGGCCACCUGCCAGAUGGGCUACCGAGCUGCUGCUGCUGGGGACUGCAUAGAUGUGGACGAGUGUCAGAACAGUUCCACGUGUGGUGCCCAUGCCAUCUGCCACAACUUGCUCGGCUCCUUCCAAUGUAUCUGCGACCAGGGCUAUGAAAGUGCCAGGGAUGGGCGGCAUUGCUUAGAUGUGAAUGAGUGUGAGACACUGCAGGGGGUGUGUGGAACAGCACCGUGUGAGAACGUGGAAGGCUCUUUCCUGUGCAUCUGCCCCCAAACUGGGGAAGAGUUUGACCCCAUGACUGGCCGCUGCAUUGCUUUGCCCAGUGCUGCUCGUCCCCCAGCCCUCCCCAGGCACCCAGAUGCGGCACAGUUGGAGAACGGUGACGGUCUGCGACGCGAGUGCUACUAUGACCCAAACGCCGCCCAAGCGUGUGAAAGCGUCCUGGCCAGGAAUGCCACCCGCCAGGAGUGCUGCUGCAGUCUUGGCCACGGGUGGGGCCUCGACUGCCACAUCCAGGCCUGCCCCUCCUUGGGGACAGCCGAGUUCCAGGCUCUGUGUCCUCACGGCAGGGGCUACACUGCUGUCCUCGUCAGAAACGUCCCAGCAGUUACAGGUGCGCACUUGGAGGGCUCUGGAUGCGGCCAGCUUAAAUGGGACGGGGUCCCACAUGGAAGAGAGUGGGUUAGAAGUCUUCACUUUUUCCCUUUAUGCCCAACUCGGUGUUCCUACACAGAUGUGGAUGAGUGUACCCUCUUCGGCUCCCAGGUGUGCAAGGGCGGGGUCUGUUUGAACAAGAUCCCUGGCUACUCCUGCUACUGCCCCAAUGGCUACUAUUACGAGACGCAGCACCUGGAGUGCAUCGAUAACGACGAGUGUCUGGAUGAAGAAGCCGAGCCCUGCGUGGGGGGCCACUGCAUCAACACCAUCGGCUCCUAUUACUGUUCUUGCGCAGCUCCCCUGGUGCUGGACCCCUCCCAGCGCCGAUGCGUGACCAAUGAGAGCCACGGCCUGGAUGAGGACCUGGCCGUCUGCUGGCAGGAGGUGGGCCCGGACCUGGUGUGCCGCCGACCCCGCCUGGACCGGCGGGUGACUUACAUGGAGUGCUGCUGCCUCUAUGGGGAGGCCUGGAGCAUGAACUGCGCUCUGUGUCCAGCCCGGGACUCAGAUGACUUUGAGGCCCUGUGUAAUGUCCUCCAGCGUCCCACUUAUGGGUUGGGGAGGCCAGGCAGCCUGGGGGCACCCUUCGAAUAUGGCGGAGGAGAGUUUCUUCCCUAUGGCCCUGAGGUCUACGACCCCCUGGCACGGCCUGCCCCUCUGGCUCCCAGCUAUGACGCUCUCCCUCACGAGUCGCUCUAUGGGCCAUCCCCCUACGAGGCCGCUGGCCUGGAUGACACAACCUAUGGCGAAGCGCAGCUAGAGACCCCAGCUGAGGACCCUCGGGAUGGAUACCAGCCUCACAGCCCCCCUGACUCAGACUGGCACUACCUGUCCCGUGGCCGUGGGCACUCCUAUCCUGAGCGGCCCAGUCGCGCCAGCGAAGACUACCCAGGCCGUUUUGGAGGCACCAGAGGGCUUCCAGCCGAGGAGUGCGGGAUCCUGAGUGGCUGUGAGAACGGCCGGUGUAUCCAGGUUGCCGACGGGUUCACUUGCUUCUGCAACGAGGGCUACCGCCUUGACCCGACCCACAUGGCCUGCCGUGGUGAGGGCCCCCCUUUUCUUGCCACCUCAGCUGGCGGGCUGAGCCCGGCUCUCCUGGCCAACGGGAGGCCUGACAUGAUCUCUCUCCUUCUGCAGAUAUUGACGAAUGCAGGGAGGUGGACAGGCUGUGCUCUGGCGGCCGCUGCCUCAACCUGGAAGGCUCCUACCGUUGCCUGUGCCCUCCUGGCACCGCUCCCGCAGGGCGGCUCCCCCGAUGCCUCCACAUCCCCCGCAGCUGAGCCUGAGCUGGGGCGGGUGGGGAAUAUUUAUUACUUUUCCAGGUGGGAACGGAGAAAGGGCCCUUUGCCCGCCCCACCCCCCUCAGCCUGCAACCUUUGGAGGAGCUGGGGAGGGGGCUAGUGCUCAGGAGAGCGGGGGCUCUUCUACUCCUUGUUAGGGCCAUGGGGCAAGGGGAGGGUGGCUAAAAAAUUCCAAA